AAAUUCUCACUGAGAGCCGGUGAUCUCAUUUGAAGAGACUCGAUCCAGCUUUUUUCGGUUUUUCCCUUCAAUCUACGUGUUUUCCUAUUGGUCAGAGAGCAGUAAUGCUUUUCUCCAAUUGGUUUUCUGCUGUCUAGCUGACGUCAAGCCGGGUAUUUGUGGGAAGAAACUAGAACCGAGCGUCUAGAACCUGGACGGCGGGCUGUAUAUGAGGGUACUAUCUGCUCCUAGGUCCCGGAAUCGAAAGCCGGGGGUUUCCACCGGGUCAAGGCCUGGAGCUGGACAGCUGUAUGUGAAGGGGGCACAGUGCUUGGUACCGGCGGCCCAGGCUGGUCAAGCCCGUCUGAGUCUCGAUGCCAGUUUGAGGGGAGGGAGUGGGGGUGCUAUCCGCAGUAUCGAAAAGGACAGUGAUCCGGAUCCCUGGGAGUCCUGCUAUCGCCAUGCUGUGCUAUGUGACCAGGCCCGACUCGGUGGUGAUGGAAGUGGAGGUGGAUCCGAAGGCGAACGGCGAGGACUGUCUGAACCAGGUCUGCCACAGGCUCGGCAUUAUAGAGGAUGACUAUUUGGGUCUGCAGUACUCUGCGAACAAGGGGGAGACACUGUGGUUGAACCUGAGGAACAGAAUCUCUCAACAGAUCGAAGGGAUGCCUCCUUAUAGAUUCAAACUCCGAGUUAAAUUUUUUGUGGAACCUCAUCUCUUACUUCAGGAGCAAACUAGGCAUCAAUUUUUUCUACAUGUCCGGGAUGACCUCCUAAACGGACGCCUGCUGUGUUCACCAGAGCAGGCUCUGGACUUGAGUGCACUUCUAGCACAAGUUGAAUUUGGAGACUACAAUCAAAACACUGCCAAGUAUUGUUAUGAAGACCUCUGUGCGAAUGAAUUAAACACUACCACUUUGAACAGUAUUGUUGUGAAACACAAGGAAUUGGAAGGAAUGAGCCCAUGCAGAGCUGAGUACCGACUUCUCCAGAUUGCAUGCACACUGGAACACUAUGGUGUGGAAUGGCAUUCGGUAAAGGAUGGUGAUGGACAGAAGUUGAUGAUUGGAGUGGGUCCUGAAGGCAUAUCUGUUUGCAAAGAAAACUUAAACCUAAUUAACAGGAUUUCAUACCCUAUUAUCCAGAUGGCUACUCAAACUGCAAAAAAUGUUUAUCUUACAAUCACAAGGGAGCCUGGCAGCAGUGUAGUCCUAAUAUUGAAGCUGAUCAGCACUAGAGCAGCAAGUGCCCUUUAUCGUGCGAUAACUGAAACCCAUGCAUUUUACAGGUGUGAUACUGUGACAAAUGCUGUCAUGAUGCAAUACAGCAGAGAUUUCAAGGGCCAUCUUGCUUCUUUAUUUCUCAAUGAAAAUAUCAAUCUGGGUAAGAAAUAUGUUUUUGACAUCAAACGCACAUCCAAGGAGGUGUAUGACCAUACACGAAGAGCUUUGUAUCAUGCUGGCAUUGUAGACUUUGUUCCACACAAUCGAGAUGGCCAGAACUCUCCACUUAAAUCUUCAGAGCACGAAUUGAACUGUAAUAGUUGUGAAGGGGAGAACUGCCAGCAAAGUCAGGUGCUUCAAGAAAAGAUUCGAAAACUUAAAGAAGCGUUAUUGUGCAUGGUCUGCUGUGGUGAGGAGAUUAAUACUGCCUUCUGCCCCUGUGGACACAUGGUUUGCUGUGGUUCUUGUGCUAAUCAGCUACAGGCCUGUCCAGUUUGUCGAUCUGACAUUGAUCACAUUCAGCAAGUAUUCCUGCCCACGUGUGCCAGUCUCCUCAACCUCACUGUAAUUUGAACAUUUAUGGGUCAGCAGGUCUGACUGUAUAUGAUUUUCAGUGAUUGUACACUACAGAAGAAACUAGAAAGCACUCUGACGUUUGGUCACACAAAUGCAGCAGCUUGUUCUGGCUCACUUUUCUGUUCUGUGGAUAAUGAAAGGUUUUGGCAGAACUGUGCCAAAACACUGAAGAUUCUUGAACAAACCUCUGCCACAGAUGAUUUUGUAAGGCUGGCAGCUUUAAAGCCAACUGCUAAACUCUACCAGUUGACAAGAAGAUUUUUGUACUGUAGUAUUUUCUUCCGGAAGCUUGUAAUGGAGAAGUAAUGACACUGCCUCAGCAAUUUUCUUUAGCUGAAUCUUAUUUUGUUUCUUGGAUUAUUCAUCCAUAGUGUUAGAACUUUUAUGUUUUGACAUGCUUUUUAAAAAUGUUUAUUUUUAAACCUUUUUGUAAUUUCACAUGUAAAUGACACCAAAACUUAACAACAGCAUUGGUGCAAUGGAGCAGAAUUAUUUGCAAUGUGUAAUAGCUUUAUUUGUCCUUAAACAUAUUGCAGGGUGGAAAAUAUUGCAUGUUAAACCUGUUUUUAAAUUCUGAACAUAUCUGCAAUAUGCAUAUCCAGUUGUUCAAUACAACUUCUCCCUGCCUACUCCUAAACCCACCAAAAGACAUGACAAAAAUGCUGAAGUAUGACUGCAAGGAGUUGUUUUAAAAACCAGGUUUGUUGCUGAAAUUCUCCACCCUGAAGCGCAUGGUCAGUAUAUCUUUCAGAUGCAAUGACUUUGUGCGUGUGUGUGUGUGUGUGUGUGUGUGCGUGUGUGCGCGCGCACGCGUUAGGAAUAAUCUACAGUGUCACUUUAUUGAGGAAUUUCCAAAAUGUAUUAUUCAUAGGGUUGCCUUAAUGUAGCAGCAAUGAUAGAUUCCAUCUGUUUCUGUACAGAUCUGGUUCUUUGCACAAUGUUUCAGACUUAAAAUAUAUAUAUAUAUAUAUAUAGUUGAUUUGUCAUGUUAGUGUGUAGCCUCUUGCUGAAAGGGAUAUCUAUUUUUUCACUUUGUAUAAAUUAGGUUUAUUUCCCUUUCAAGAAAAUUGCCUAAGCUACAUUUAACUCUGACUUUUUAUAUUCCUUUUUAAUUAAAAAAUGUCAGAAGUUUUUGUAUUAAUUGAAGUGCUUUGGUUUCAAAGUAUCAUUUGUAAAACAUUUUUUUAAUGCUUCUCUCAAAUGGGACACAAUAGGCUAUAAUUGGAUGCCCAGGUGGGUUUCUCAUUUCCCUGUUCCAGUUACUGAUUUUACUCCUAAGCAUUGACUUGUAUUGCUUGAGUAUACUUCUAUCUUGCUGUCAGAUCUCGGUGUGGUGGGUUUUUGGUUGGCAUUCUUCUGUACUUACAAUGAAGGCAUGCUUUUUCAAAAAAAGUCUUUUCAGGUUUGCAGUUUCAUAAGUGAGUAUGAGAAACUGUCCUGAAUUUAAUUCCUACCUCCUAUUGUGUUGAAUUGUAAAAUGUCCUGAGGCCUAAAUUUGGGGUCUUUUUAUUGGCUUGGGAUGUCCAGUAUGCUUCACAGCCAAUGAAUGUUAAAUGUAGCCACAGGUAUAAUCAUCAUAGAGCAGCCAUUUGCAUUCCCAACUGCCAUAAGCAACAAUAAGAUAUCUAACUAGUUGUUUUAUUAGUUAAAGUAUAAUGUAUUGAUUCAAAAGUUAUUUCAGUGCAAUAUCCUGUAUGAAUUAAUGAAGUGUAAACAUAAGGCAAUCAUAGAUCUGUAAGAAUAAGAGGCUUCUAACAUUAGGAGAUUUCUACUUUCUAGAUGUAGACAGGGAUUGCCAUUGUGUUAAGGGCUUGGAUGGGGAGGAAAUUGUGUUCAGGACAACGUUCUCAAAUGUGGAUGGCCCUUCUAGAGAAGGGGCAAAACUCCACAUCCUUUAAGGAAAUAAGGCAGGGCAAGUGAAUUGGAGGUAUCAUGGAUAGUGAAGAAAGUUACUGCAGAGUACAAUGGGACCUUGAUCACAUGGGCUGAGGAGUGGCAAACGGAAUUGAAUUCAAAUAUGAAGUGCAACAUUUUGGAAAGGCAAAUUAGGGCAGGACAUAUACAUCUAAUGGUAAGGUCCUGGGGAGCGUUGCUGAACAAAGGAACCAAAGAAUGCACGUUCAUAAUUUCUUGAAAGUAGAGUCACACAUAGACAGGAUAGUGAAGGUGUUUGGUAUGUUUGCCUUUUAUUGGUCGGUGCAUUGAGAAUAGGAGUUGGGAGAUCAUGUUGCAACUGUAUAGGACAUAAAUUCGACCACUACUGGAAUACUGCAUGCAAUUCUUGUCUACAUGCUACAGGAAGGAUUUUGUGAAACUUGAAAGAGUUCAGAAAAGACUUACAAGGAUGUUGCCAGGGUCAGAGGGUUUGAGCAAAAAGAAGUUGAAUAGGCUGGAGAUAUUUUCUCUGGAAUUUUGGAGGCUGAAGAGUGGCCUUAUAGAGAUAAAAAAUUCAUGAGGGCACGGAUAGGGUGUGUUGACAAGAUCUCUUCCCAGAGUGGUCCAAAACUAGAGGGUAUAGGUUUGACGUGAGAGGAAAGCUUUUUUAAAAGACCAAGGUGGCAACUUUUUCGUACAGAGGGUGGUGUGUGUAUGGAAUGAACCAGUAAAGAAGUGGUGGAGGCUGGUACAAUUAAAACAUUUAAAAGGCAUCUGGAUGUAUAUAUUCAUAGGAAGAGUUGAGGGAUAUGGGCCAAAUGCUGGCAAAUGGGGCUAGAUUUAGCUAGGUAAUCUGGCCAGCCUGGACAAAUUGGACUAACGAGUUUGUUUCAGUGCGGUACAACUCAAUGACUGAGGUGCUAGUGGGGGUGCGCUUUCGGGCUAGUGACUAUAAUUCUAUUAGUUUUAAAACAAUUAUGGAAAUGGAUAGGCCUGGCCCACAAGUUGGGGCAAGGCUAAUGUUGACGGUAUUAGACAGGAAGUUUCAAAAGUUGAUUUUUAGGGGUGGCUGUGUGCAAGUAAAAGGAUUUCUGGCAAGACAGAGGCUUUUAAAAGUGAGAUAAUGCAUGUUCAACUACAAUAAAGCUUAGUCAGUCAUUUUCAUUUUGAAUAAGCAGGCAAAUGCCAAUAUGAACUGGUACAAUUUAUUUUCUUAGACUGUGCCGCUAAUAAAUUCAGAAGUUACUGCUCAAGUUGUAUUUAGGAGAGACUAUUUAAAAAGGAUGAAAGUCAUUGCAUCUGUAUUUUUCCCGUUGCACCUCGGCUAUUACAGCCUGUCAUCUGUUGUUUUGAAGCACAAUGAGCCUGACUGACUGUAGUCUCCUGUGCCUUUCUAUGGAUUGACACAUGUACUAUUACUUCUUUAGGGGGAACUUUGAUUUCUUCUUUAAAAAUAGGUUUAAUUUCAGUGAAAGAACAGAAGUAUGGAAUUAUUCCCAAAUGCUACCCCCAUUCCUUAAUGUAUUUCCCAUAAUGGACUUACAUUCUAAAUGGCGUUUUAUUGUGAAAUAUUCCCUGACCUGUACUGAACUCUGACAGCAAACACAAAUUGCCAAAUGAACAGAGAAAUCAAGCAAUCUUUUUCACACCACAGCUAUAUGAGCAGCAGCAUAUUGUUAAUAAACUGUUCCAAACACAAAACUGCAAUGUUGAAAUUUUGAGGGAAUAUACUGUAUUAAUGCCUUGAAAGGCAAUAUGCCUUAAUUUCUGUCCAAAACAAUAGUCUAGCAUUUUUUACCUAAUCAUUGAAAAACUGAUGUUUGUACUGAAUUUGCAUUCCCAGAAGGUAUUUGAUAUAAUGCCACAUCAAAAGUGAUUGCAGAAAAUAAUAUCUCAUUGUGUAGUGGAUAGCGUAUUGGCAUAAAUGGAGGGUUGACUGGCUAAUAGGAAGCAGGGAAUAAUUAUAAUGAUCUUUUUGAAGUUGACACAUUAACAAAAAUGCUGUGCCACAAGUAGUGCUAAGACCUCAACUGUUGUAAAUUAUCUAAAUGACUUAGAUAAAGGGGUGGGAGGUAUGAUUACUAAAUUUGCUGGUAACACACAAAUGGAGGCAGGCAAAUAAGUUUGUGAAGAGGAUACAAGGAGGUUACAAAAAUUAUUGAUUGGUUAAGUGAGAAAUGUGACAAACAGAAAAAUGUGAAAGUUGCUCAUUUUGCAGGAAGAGAAGAAGAAAAAAAAAAAAGCAUCAUGUAAGUGGUGAGAGAUUGCAGAGCUCUGAGAUGCAGAAGGAUCUGCGUGUACUUGCACACGAAUCGCAAGAGGUUACAAUGAGGUACAGCAAGUAAUGAUGGCUAAUCACAAGGGGAGUUUAACACAAGUAGCAAGGCUAUGCUGCUAUUAUACAAUGCACUGGUGAAACCACUUCUGGAGUCCUGCGUACAUUAUUGCUCACCUUGUGCAAGGAGAAUGUGAUUGCAAUGGAAGCUGUUCGUUGAGGGUUUUCAGGAGGUAAGAUUGGGUAGGCAAGGCACGUGCACGCGCGCACACACACACACACACUCCUGAAGAAGGAUCACUGGACUCAAAAAAAUUAACUGAUUUUCCCCCCCACAGAUGCUGCCAGACCUGCCAACGUUUUUGAGCAAUUUCUGUUUUUGUUUCUUUUUGCUUUUUACUUAGGCUUGUGUCCACUAGAGUUCAGAAAAGUAACAACUUAACUGAAACAGACAAAUCAUAAAGGCUGUUAACAGUGCAGAUGUGGAGAGGGUAUUUCUCUGUGUGGGAGAAUCUGGAACUUGAGGUGAUAAUUUUAAAAACCAGGGAUUUCCCAUUAGACUAAUCUUUUACUCCCAGAUGGUCGUGACUCCUUGGAACACUCCCUGAAAAGGUGGAAGCAGAGUCCUUUUAAUAGUUUUAAAGCCCAAGUAGAGAGUUUUUUGUUGAUAACGUUUCACGUUAGUGAGAAUGGUUACCUUAAAUUCACAUUUUAAUGUGAACAAUUACCUAUUUCUUUAUCUUGCUCCUAUUCUAUGUAGUAAUGCUUAAUUUUUUAAAGUGUCAUUUCUCUCACUACUUUGUACCUAAGCAUUUUUGUAUCCUAGGUACCUUGGUACUUAAGAUGGUACCAUGUGUGGCAGCAUUAUAUACUUUUCACUAUACUGCUGUAUUUGAGUUCAUGUGACAAAAUCUAAAAAUCUAAAUAAAUCAGAUCAACCAUGAUCUUAUUAAAGAGAGAAGCAGACUCUGGGUGGAAUAACCUCUUCCUGCUACUGAUUUGUAUGGUCAAGUGUUUCUUUACACUGUCUAGACUCCUUUAUGAUUUUGAACACAUCUUUCCAAUUGCCUCCUUACCUCAAAAUUAAAAACUGCAGAUGCUUAUAUCUGAAAUGAACAAAAACAAAAACAGAAAUUUCUGGGAGGAACUCAACAGGUCCGGCAGCAUCUGCAAAGAGAAAACAGUUAACAUUUUGAGUCUGGUGACCUUCCUUCAGGUCCUUCCUAUUUUGCCUUCUGUAAAUGAUAAAUUCCAGGAACGGUUCUGAUAAAUCUUGUCUGCAAUGCCUUCUCACCUUUUUAUAAAAGUGAUUCUCAGACGAAAAUUAGUUGAGGCUAAAUCAUUAUUUUGAUGUUUCACAAUAAGAUCCAUGUUUUCAGACUCUGUCUCUCUGUAAAGGUAUUGCUAUCCGCGGAGCAAGACCCGUACAUAUCCAUAAAAAAACCCCACCUCCAAUAAACAAAACUACACGUUAUUAGCACAGGAUGUGAUUUUGAGAACCACGCAUAGGGAUUGUCUAAUGUAGAGUUGAAUAAGUACCUGAUUUGGGGCAGCAUAGUGGAGAAAUUUCAUACUGCCAGGGACCACAGUUUGAUUCUGCCUCGAGUGAUUGCCUGUUGUGCAAUUUGCACAUUCUCCUUGUGUUGGUGUGAGUUUCCUCUCACCGUCCAAAGGUGUGUAGUUUAGGUGGCUUGGCCAUGCUAAAUUGUCCAACAUAUCUAGGUAUGUGGAUUAGUCAUGAGAAAAGCAGGGUUACAGGGACCAGAAAGUGGGUUGGGUCUGGUUGGGAUGCUGUUUGGAGGGUCAGUGUAGAUUCUAGACUGAAUGGCCUGCUUCUACACUAGGGAUUCUGUGACUGGAUUUUUAAAAAAAUUAGAUGUUAAAAACAGUCAAUUGAGGGGGGGAGCACACAUUCAUUGCAAGGAGGUUAUUGUGCAUUGUAUUUUGUUUAUGUUUGGUUUUAUUUUCAACAAGCAAAAACGAGUUUAAUUCAUAACAUGAUGUGAAUAUAAACAUUGUAACAUAAAAGGCAUCAAAAAUCUCAGAUUUUAGCCACGAGGGAAUUUUCUCAUAUCUUCCAUCUUUCUGAUCUAGAUUUUAGGCAAAACAAGAAUAACUAAAACACAAUCAAUUCAUUCUUAAUUUUCACAAUGUGAAAGUUAGAUGACUUGUUUAGAAUUCUCAAUGUGAGUUUAGUGAGAGAUAAAACUCCUUUUUCAGAGCUGAAUAUUUCUGAUUAAAUAAAUAGAAUGACAUUUAAAAUAUCAACAUAUAAUGAUUUGAGCACUAAAAAUGCACAUAUAUUAGAAGACUGGCAUUUCACUUGUCAAGUCUAGUUUGUUGAAGACUCCAUAGCAGCCUUGGGAGGUCCAGAACGGUAAUGGUCAUUGUCAUCAUAGCUGUGUUGUUACUAGCUGAGAGAGUUUCUGGAUUGUUUUACUGAAUGAAAUCAUUGCUAUUUGUGCACUGACACAAAAGCAGCUGCUCUGAAGUAACGCUUUGCUGCAGUUUGCAGUUAUACAUCCCAGUAUAUUUACUUAGGUUUCAUCACAGCAGCAAUUUCAAGGUGAUAAUGAUAAAUCACAUGAAGUAACCAGCAAUGCAAAACUGAACAUACUGAAUGUUAAUUUUAAAAUAAAGUAUUUUCUUCUUUACAGAAAUUUGGUAUCAUAGAUCAUUGCUUGGGCACUGAAGAUAGAAAUUUAACAGUGAUCUGGCAGAGCAGAUCAGCCACCCAUUGCAGAAUUUGUCAAUUUUACAUUUAUUUGAUUUUCAAUGAAAUAACAUCAAGGCAGUGUGUAAAUCAGGUGGAUAGUCUGCUGCACCACCUGAUCUCCCAGACACUAACAAUGAAGACUUCCAUUUACAGCUUGAGGAGGAAAGCAGGCAAUUGGUUCUGUACAGGCAGCCUUUGAUUACUCUUAUUCAUUUUUGCUGCUGUUUGUUUAUUCAUAUUGUUCAACUGCUAUUGAGCAUGUUUAUUGUAGCUGAAUUGCUGUUUGUGUUGCACACCCUCAACAUGAAGAGCACCCUUCCUGAGAUAGGAGGACCAACACAAUUCCAGCAGCAGCCACCUCAAUUGAAGUGAUGCUGCCUAGAUGUGCCUAGCAGUCCUAUAAUGAUCAGCAGCCCUUGGGUUUUGGGGAGGGGUGUGGGAUUUCUUCCCCUCGGAUCUUUGAUCCCAAGAAAGGUCCACUACUUAGUUAAGCUGCUUAUUGCUGCUCCAUUUGGUGGACCUUACCAAAAAUAAAUGUAGGUCACUUGUCAGAUGUUCAGCUGGCAAGCGAGACUACCAUUAUCUACAUUAAUUUCCAUCUUCUGUGAGCGCCUCAAAAUUUGUCUUCCUACCUUGCUUUGUAUCAUUAGCAAGUUGAGCAAUAAUUGUACUUAGUCCUUUCAGCUAAAUCAAUAAUAAUUGCAAAUAGUUAAAGUCCUUGCACUGAUUCCUGUAUGUCUUGAUUACUUACAGCUUGGCAAGCCCAACUUUCACUUCUGUUUCCUAUUAUUUUGACAAAAUUUUACCUGUGCUAACACAUGACCCUAACAUCAUGAGCUCUUUGUACAUUAACUUUUUAUGUGCUACCCUAUCAAAUGCUUUUUGGAAAUCAAAAUACACAAUAUCCCCUGGUUUCCCAUUAUCCACCGUGCCUAAAAAAUCUUCAAGAGCGCCAGUAGAUUUGUUGAAUGUAACUUUACUUACAUAAAACCAUGUUAAUUCUACUUGAUUGUAUUCUUCUUAACUUCCGUGCUUGGAGACGGGUCCUUGGUCAUUAUUUUCAGAAUCACACCAAGGUUCUGUGUAUUUUUCACUACAAAAGAGUCUGGAGGUAAGCCCUGAGUUAACCAUAUCCAGGAUUGGGACUCAAUCCCAAAUUUUGAACUUAACCUGAUCACAUGCUAGCUAUUUAAUCAAUGGAGGUCACCAUCUCCCAAGGCCCUCUUGAUACUAAUGAGAUUUUCUAAAUGUCCUCCUGCAACUUCAUUAAUAAUAGAUUUCAACAUUUUCCAAAUGACAGAUGUUGGACAAGCUAGCCUAAAGUUUCUUACUUUCUGUCUCCUUCAUAACAAGGAUGUUAUGCAUGUGACAAAAACAGAAAGUGCAGUGGGCAUUCCUUGUGAUCAAAGACCCCAGGAUAAGAAAUCCACCCUCCCCAAAUCUGAUGAUAAGUCACUGGACUGAAAACAUUAAUUCUGCUUUCUUCUCACAAAUGCUGCCAGCCCUGCCGAGUUUUACCAGCAAUUUCUGUUUUUGAUUCAGAUUGCCAGGAUCCACAAUUCUUUGUUUUGUUGCAUGUGUGGUUUUCCAAUCUGCUGGAACCUUUCCAGAAUCUAGGAAUUUUCGAAGUUUGUGACCAAGGUAUCCACAAUUCCUGCAGCCACUCCUUUUAUGAUCGAAGGAUACAAGCCAUUAGGUCAGUGGACUUAUUAGUCCUUAUUCCCAUUGAUUUCCAUUUUAGCCGUAGUGAUUGAAUUCAGUUCUGCUCUUUUCCUUCUGGUUUAUUAUUACUGAGAUGCUUUAGCGUUGUCUACUGUGAAAAUAAAUACAAAAUGUUUCUUCAAAA